AUGAAUCCAUCUGAUGCUCAUCUUCUGGAUUUGCCUGAUGAAGUAUUACUCAUAAUUUUGAGAAAAUUGAACAAUAUUGAUGUUCUUUAUUCAUUAUUGGAUAUUAAUAAUGGACGACUUGACAUCAUCGCGCAAGAAAACACGUUCACUAAUGUUCUCAAUUUCGUACAUAUUGAUAAUAAUUCUUUAAUUGAUCGAUUCUGCAUCUACAUAUUACCAAGGAUUCAUCAUAAUAUCAAAUAUUUUAUACUUGAACCAGUUUUCAUGGAACGUAUUCUUCGUGCUGCCGUUUAUCCUAAUCUCACUCAACUUAAACUCUUCAAUUUCGAACAACAAAUUGCUUCAAAAUAUUUUACAGGUUUAUCACUUCGUGAUUUACCGUCGACUACUUUUUACUCUUCAAUUCUUACCCAUUUGUCUAUCAUGGUGCAAACUUUUGAUGAUUGUCUUUAUUUACUUGAUGGCCGACUCAAGCAAUUAACUUCAUUCAAUGUUAAUGUUUAUUCCAUAGACAGUUUUUCAACAAUUGUUCAAAACACGGAUAUGUUACCUAAUCUGAAAUGUUUCUCAUUAAAAUCUUUCUUUAAAUUUCAACAAUAUGAACAAAUACCAUCUCUUAUUCGUCGUAUGCCUUAUCUGGAACAUUUAACUUUAUAUCUUUGUAUAAAAGGUCAAAAUAGAAUCAUCGAUGGUACUUGUGUUCAAGAUGAUAUUCUUGUUUAUAUGCCACAGCUUCAUUCAUUCACUUUCUAUAUUAGUACUUAUAUUGACAGUGGUGAUUUACGUCAUAAUAUAUCUCGUCAACAUAUCCAACAAACAUUGAUAGAUAUCGGACAACAAAAUGCGACUACUAUCGUCAAUCGUCUUAGCAGAUCCGUAGUGGAAUGUUCAAUUUUCUCACUUCCUUUUGCAUUUGAUUAUUUUGGAUCUCUUGGCAGCAGUACAUUUUCAAAUAUUAUAUUCAAUUAUGUUACAUAG